UCCCGCAAGAGGUCGAAAAAAGAAGCUCUCACUCCUUCCCCUAUUCCCUCCCAUCAAGCUUAAAAAGCAAUCUUCCUCUUCUUUUCUUUUUUCUCUUUUCUCUUUUCCUCCUCUGUUCUAUACCUUUGUUCCUCCUUCUUUAGCCAGUUCCAUCCUUCUCCUCUUCCCUUUAUAAUAUAUCCAUUCGUCAUCAUCCAUUUCCUUAUUCAGUCUUCUGGCGCGUUUUCGUCGUCCCCUUACUAAUUCAUUAAUUUCUAACAUCACCUUUCUUACAUUACAAAUUCAUCAUGCGUGAGAUUGUCCAUUUGCAAACCGGUCAGUGCGGAAACCAGAUUGGAGGCAAGUUCUGGGAGGUCAUCAGUGAGGAACACGGUAUCGACAACACCGGUGUCUACAAUGGUGACUCGGACUUGCAGCUUGAACGCAUCAACGUCUACUAUAAUGAAGCAUCUGGCGGCAAAUAUGUCCCUCGUGCCAUCCUCGUUGAUCUUGAACCCGGCACCAUCGACGCUAUCCGCACUGGCGAAUUUGGCCAACUUUUCCGCCCCGAUAACUAUGUCUUUGGCCAGAGUGGCGCUGGCAACAACUGGGCCAAAGGUCAUUACACUGAGGGUGCCGAGCUUGUCGACUCGGUCCUUGAUAUUGUCCGCAAGGAGGCUGAAUCUUGCGACUGUCUCCAAGGAUUCCAGAUUACGCACUCGUUAGGAGGCGGUACUGGCUCUGGUAUGGGAACUCUCCUGAUUUCUAAGAUUCGUGAAGAAUACCCUGAUCGCAUGAUGUGCACAUUCUCCGUCAUGCCUUCUCCAAAGGUGUCAGAUACGGUUGUUGAACCCUACAAUGCAACUCUGUCUGUUCAUCAAUUGGUCGAGAACUCUGACGAGACUUUCUGUAUUGACAACGAUGCUCUCUAUGAUAUUUGCUUCCGUACCCUCAAACUCACUGCCCCCAGUUAUGGCGAUCUUAACCACUUGGUCUCUGUCGUUAUGAGCGGUAUCACCACUUCGCUUCGAUUCCCCGGUCAGCUCAAUGCUGACUUGAGGAAGUUGGCCGUUAACUUGGUUCCUUUCCCUCGUCUUCACUUCUUUAUGGUUGGCUUUGCUCCUUUGACUGCCAACAACUCGGCAUCCUUCCGCGCAUUAACUGUUCCUGAGUUAACUCAGCAAAUGUUUGACGCCAAGAACAUGAUGGCCGCAUCAGAUCCUCGCCACGGUCGUUACUUGACCGUCGCUGCCAUGUUCCGCGGUCGUAUGUCGACUAAGGAAGUUGAUGAACAGAUGCUCAACGUUCAGUCCAAGAACAGCUCGUAUUUUGUUGAAUGGAUCCCCAACAAUGUCAAGACUGCUGUCUGUGAUAUUCCACCUCGUGGUCUCAAGAUGUCGGUCACCUUCAUUGGAAACUCCACUGCUAUUCAGGAGCUCUUCAAACGUAUUUCUGAGCAAUUCACUGCCAUGUUCCGUCGCAAGGCUUUCUUGCAUUGGUACACUGGUGAAGGCAUGGAUGAAAUGGAAUUCACAGAAGCUGAAUCCAACAUGAACGACUUGGUGUCUGAAUACCAACAGUAUCAGGACGCCACCAUCGAGGACGAGGAUGUUGGUGAUUAUGGUGAUGAAGGUCAUGAGGAAAUGGAGAUUUAAGCACCAUAAAUAAUAGAUUGAUAAAUAGUCAUUUUACCUUUUAGUGCCCUCAGAUGGAUGGAGCUCACACUGCACUAAACUCGCCGAGACCAUUUUUCUUUUCUUUGCGAUUUGUAUUAAACACAAGCAACAGUAAUAAAAAAAGAAUAUAAAUAAAAAGAUUCAGCUGAAAAUCCGUUGAGCGGGAAAAUUGGC